AUGUCUCGCUCCACGUUCCUAAUGACAAAUGAGACACCAACAGUUACUGAUCGUUGUUUUCAUCAUGUUCUAAUGACGGCUAAUCGAUCCAAUGAAACUGUACCCAUAGUUAUUCAAUCAUCUACAAUAGAACCGAUGAAUAAAUCGCCUAUACUAAAUAAUCCACGAACAAAACGAAAGUUAAGAGUCAAACGUCGUUCAACAGGAAUACAUCCUGAUGAAGCUUCAGUAGCGGGUGUAUUAACUGAGGGGUCUGCCAAUGAAGAUGAUGAAGAACUAUUAAAUAAUAUCAGUGAACUUGAUGAAUCAUGCGAUAAUAAUCGAACAAUACUUUCUACUCAUAGUUCUAAACCGAUGUUUACAGUUAGUCGAAUGCAAUCUUCAUACGAAAAUUUAUCAAUUUCUGAAACAGAUUCCUAUAUGAUAUCUUCAUCUUCAUCGACAACGAAUAAUUCCGCUUUAUCGACAAAAGUUUUUCUACCAGAAGAAUUUAUUUUACGUCGAGUAGAUAAACCAACAUCAGAUGAUGAUUCAUUGAAAUCUCAACAACUUGAAGAACGUAUUCUUAAACUUGAAUCACUUGUAUAUGAACAAGAUGCUAUUAUUCGCGAUUUACAACGUAAGGUUGACAGAUCAACGCGAGAUUUAACCGAUGCACAGGAACAAAUCCUAAUGUCACAUCAAGAGAAAUUAACAUUGAUCAAAGCAUUUACAGCAUUACAAGAUAAUAAAACUCUAUCGGGAGAUAUCUCCGUGCGUUCGAAUUUAGUGAAAAAAUAA